CUGAGAAAUUGACCUCACUUUGCUGAGAGCUGCGCAUCCAAUACUCAAUCCCCAUUGAAAUCUGCUCCUUCUCCCUCUCUUUAGGUUAAGAUGUCUCACAGGAAGUUCGAGCACCCGAGACACGGUUCUCUUGGCUUUCUUCCAAGGAAGCGAGCUUCUCGUCAUCGUGGAAAAGUGAAGGCUUUCCCAAAAGAUGAUCCUACUAAACCUUGCAGACUUACUGCCUUCCUGGGUUACAAGGCUGGAAUGACCCACAUUGUUAGAGAAGUUGAAAAGCCUGGAUCAAAGCUUCAUAAGAAGGAGACAUGUGAGGCUGUUACCAUCAUUGAGACCCCUCCAUUGGUGGUUGUUGGAGUUGUAGGAUAUGUGAAGACACCCCGCGGUCUUCGCACUUUGAAUACUGUUUGGGCUCAGCAUUUAAGUGAGGAAGUCAAGAGGCGAUUUUACAAGAACUGGUGCAAAUCCAAAAAGAAAGCAUUUAACAAGUAUUCAAAAAAGUAUGAAACUGAGGAGGGGAAGAAAGAUAUUGAAUCCCAACUUGAGAAAUUGAAAAAAUAUGCAACUGUCAUUCGCAUUCUGGCUCAUACACAGAUAAGGAAGUUGAAGGGUCUUAAACAGAAGAAGGCACAUUUGAUGGAGAUCCAAGUCAAUGGUGGGACUAUUGCACAGAAAGUGGACUAUGCUUAUGGCUUCUUUGAGAAGCAAAUCCCAGUUGAUGCUGUUUUCCAAAAAGAUGAGAUGAUAGACAUCAUUGGUGUGACCAAGGGUAAAGGUUAUGAAGGUGUUGUAACUAGAUGGGGUGUCACUCGCCUUCCACGCAAGACACACAGGGGUCUAAGGAAGGUUGCUUGUAUUGGUGCUUGGCAUCCUGCUCGUGUUUCUUUCACAGUUGCUAGGGCUGGGCAGAAUGGAUAUCAUCACCGAACUGAGUUGAAUAAAAAGAUCUACAAGCUUGGCAAGUCAGGUCAAGAAUCACACACUGCCAUCACCGAAUUUGACAGGACGGAGAAGGAGAUUACCCCCAUGGGUGGUUUUCCUCAUUAUGGUGUGGUAAAGGAUGAUUACAUUAUGGUCAGGGGAUGCUGUAUUGGACCUAAAAAGCGGGUUCUGACUCUUCGUCAGUCACUAUUGAAGCAGACCUCUCGCGUGGCUCUUGAGGACAUCAAGCUCAAGUUCAUCGACACCUCUUCCAAGUUUGGACAUGGGCGUUUCCAGACCACUCAAGAGAAGCAGAAGUUUUUCGGUCGCUUGAAGGCCUGAUUCGUUGCUGUUGUAGUAUUUUUGCUGUUUGUUAUAUUUAUAUGAUCUAUCAGAACAUUGGUAGUCCAAAAUUAAAAUACUAAAAAGGGGGCACUUUUUACAGUGAUGUCUUGGCUUGGAACACUAGUUCUUUUUUUAAGUUUUGCCUGAAUUUGUUCCGGUUUUGCAUGGAUUAUAAUUAAAAUAUUAAAUUAUUUCGAAA